UGUUGGGCAUAAUGAAGAAAUAUUUAAAACUUGAGAAAGAAGUCUACCACUGGGUAUACUGGAAAAGAGUGAAAAUAAAAUGAAUGACAUGGUAGAGAUCUUGGAGUAUUUGCAUCAGUUUGUACCAUUUUCAAGACGUGAAGAGGAAUUGCAAAAUGUUGAAGUCCGAGAAGAAAAUUCUGCAAUGAGAACAAUACCACUUGGUGGGGAUCAGCUUUCUUGUGAAAGAGUAAGAGGAGCCCAUAUGGUACGGUUAGAUAGUGAUACACCUGAGGAACGACUUGAAGGGUGCAUGAGUAUGAUAGAAGACUUUCAUGAAAAGAUGAACUUUAUCCAGAUGCUGAUGGACAAAUUUUACAGUGUAGACAGUGCUAGAGAAGUAGGAACAUUAUACCAACUUAAAUGCUUAAUAAACAGACGAAAUGUUACCAAAAAUGCAUCAAAAGAUUAUCAUGCAAUUGGUGCAUUUGUAGAUAUAGCCUGUGAAGGUCAUGUUAUUGCAGCAGCGUUAACCUUUUUUGGAAUGACUGACAUCAAUAGUCAAUGCAUACGAAUUCCAAAUGGAAUUCACUUAGCGGAUGUGCCUCUAAAAAAGCGAACACUAAAACACAUGAUUGGAGAAUUAGUGGAUGAACUCCUCCUCAACAAAAUAUCCCAAAGCAUCGAGAGGCUUGAAAAUGAAGAUGAUGCAACAGAUGGUCACGGUCACCAACAAGAUGGUGUAUUUAACUAUGCAACUAAUUUUCUGAAAUUUUCCUUACUGAGGAAAAUCUGUGUGAUGGCCACCAGAAGUGGUGAUGGAAAUAGGGUCAUUCGCCAUUGGAAAUAUGCGAUGCUUUUGUACCACACAGCUCACAAAGUCAAAUAUAGACUGGAAGCUUUUCUCCUCCAGGCUGGUAUAAUGGCACUGUAUACACCUCGAAUAAAGCACCAAAUAAUUUGGAACAGAUUCAUUAAUUUGAGUGGGGGCAAAGGAAGGAAUCUUGAUGGUGACUAUGUCAUGGAACUUUUGAACAAAUACGCUAAAUCACGUGUAAAAUUGGUGAAUCAAAAUCACUCUCCAGAACUAGUGAAACGUAUUGGAAAGACCAUGAUGUUCUGCCAUGAUGUAAACCAUCACCUAGAGAAGCAGAUUCAAGGUGUGCCAAUUUCAAGGAAACAUGUGUCACAAGAUUCAACAAGUGAUUUACAGAAAGUGGUAAGAGAAUUGCAAAAUGCAGAUGUGUUCACAUUUACACCGAACAGGUACCAUGCAUCAUUCCAGCAUGAGAAGUCUGACAUUUUCAAUGACUUUGAUGUCAAGGAAUUCCACAAGUGGAUAACUGUUAAGAAAAAAGAAUAUGCUGUUGGGAAAAAAGCUUUUUAAUAAUUCAGUGUACAUAGAUUUAAAUGGAAUACAGUAAAACACACUAAUUAUAAUGAAGUGCCAGGGAUGGCGAUUUUGCUAUGUUAUAAACAUACUUUGCUAUAUAUCUGUUAGCUUUACAAAAUGUUUAAAACUCACAGGGAAAGAAAAUCACUUUGCUAUUUGUGUCAAUUAAUUAUAGGUAUGUUCACCAUAAGCAUGUUUUACUGUAUGAAUAUUAUAUGAAUUUACUA